AUGUCAGCGCCAAAAGACGACAUCGUCGUCACCCGCGUGGACCGCGACACCCAAGGGAAACCCAUCCACGAGGCCACCGAAACAACAUCGCUGCUCAGCGCCGGCGCUUCAGGCAGCGAGACCUCCUGCGAAGACACAUGGCCCGGCUACGCAGACUUCGCAGACCUGCCCUGGUGGAAAACGCCAUCUGUCUACUGGCUCCUCCUCCCAUAUGCCCUCUUCACCCUCGCCUUUGGAGGCUCCCUCGUGCCUAAGCUGAAUCUGCACUUUGCGGACCAGACGGUCCUGGACCCGGCGUUCGUGUACACGCCCGUCGUGCUCGGGGCGGACAAUCCGCAAUGCUUCAUCCCGGAAGUGAAGAAGCGUGUGUCCAUGUUCACCCUGGCCAUUAAUCUCACCACCGGUAUCUUAUCCGCCAUCACUGCGCCCAGAAUGGGUCACUUGUCAGACCGUUAUGGCAGGAGGAAGCUGCUCGCCAUCGCAUCCGUCGGCGGUGUCGUCGCCGAAGCGACCGUCAUCCUGUGCGCCAACUUCCCCUGGACCUUCCACUACAACUGGCUGCUCGUCGGCGCCGUCGCAGACGGCAUCACAGGCUCCUUCACCGCCGGCAGCGUCCUCAUCAACUCUUACACGAGCGACUGCACCCCGCCCUCCAAGCGUGGCGUGCGCAUCGGCUACCUCCACGCCUGCCUCUUCACCGGCCUCGCCUUCGGGCCCCUGCUGGCCGGCUACUUCGUCACCUGGACCGGCAGCCUGCUCUCUGUUUUCUACGUCACCAUGGGCUGCCACAUCGUCUUCAUCAUCUUCGUCGGCUUCGUCGUCCCCGAGUCCCUCAGCAUCAAGCGCCAGCUGCGCGCCCGCGAGAAGCACGACCGCGAGCAGGAGGCCAAGGCCGUCGACAACUCCACCUGGGCCUCCAUCAAGGCCGCGAACCCCCUCGCGCCCCUCAAGGUCCUCUACCCCCGCGGCCCCGGCACCUCGUCUCGGCUGCGCAUCAACCUGCUCGCGCUCUCCUUCACGGACAUGAUCCUCCUCGGCGCCGCCAUGAGCGCCGGCACCGUCCUCCUGCUGUACUCCGAGUCCCCCGAGACGUGGGGCUGGGGCACCCUCGAGAGCUCGCGCUUCAUCUCGGCCGUCUCCAUGGUCCGCGUGCUGGCGCUGCUCAUCGUCCUCCCGACCAUCAACUACGUCUUCCGCGUCCGGCCCGCAGCCUACCGCCGGCGCGUCUCGGGCGUGUCCAUCGUGGAGUCGAACAACGGCGCAGACACCGUCGACACGUGGAUCCUCCGCUUCGCGCUCCUGUCCGACGUCACCGGCUCCCUCGGCUACCUCUUUGCCAGGAACGAGGCCGUCUUCGUCAUGUCCGGCAUGGUCACGUCCUUUGGCGGUCUGGGUAGUGCCACGAUCCAGGCCGCCAUCACGAAGCACGUCCCGGCGGAUCAGGUCGGCCAGCUGCUGGGCGCUAUCGGUGUCCUGCACUCCUUGGCGAGAGUCCUGGGCCCCAUUGCGUUCAAUACGCUAUACUACUCGACGGUCGGCACAUUCGACCAGGCCAUCUUUGUGCUCCUGUCCGCCCUGUUCGGACUGGCUUUGGUGGCCGCCUUCAUGGUCAAACCUAAUGUUUAUCUCGAGGAUAAGUAUGAGCCUGUCGGCAGCUCGGCACCAAGCAAUGCGAGCACCGAGAUCCUGGCAGAGGUGGCGGCGGAGGAGGAGUUGAUACCCAACAACUGA